GGUUAUGGCAAAAAGAACAAAAUACAAAUAUUCCAUUGGCGAGAGACUGAGAGUGAGACCCUAACAUUUCACAACCUGCGAUCUUCCAAUUUUGUCCUCUCUCAGCAGAAGAGGGUUCUCAGCGUCCGAAUUUAGAUACGUCUAAGAAAGUGCCACGUGUCAUCCGAGGCCACUUAUUUCGAGCCAAAAGCCUAAAAAGAUCCCUCGGGCUUCUACGCAGGCCCCACGCUAACAAUAACCGCCAACGAUUCCGUUAUCAGACUCUUGAAAUGAUUUUACACCUGAGAGACCUAUAUAAUGCGAAUCAAGCUUCUUCUACGCCGUGUAAAAGAGAAGUACUCUGCAACUCUCGGAGUUAGAAAACACUGUUGAAAUCUCUGUGACUAGCAGUUUCAACACAAGAAUCAAUGGCUUCCAAUUCCAAGACGUCCGAGAUUGUAUGUGAGGGUCCAGAACUGAGGCGCCUCGGAUUCAUGAGGUCUAUUGCCAUUGGAGUUUUUAUCUGUGCUUCGAAUCUCUAUGAUUACGCCAAGCAGAACCAUGGCCUUUUGACGUUCCCCGCUCGAAUAGUGGAGGUCCCUGCGAGGAUCGUUCUCGGUCCUGUCUGCAACAGAUUUAGAAACUUGACCGAUGAUCUCUUGGUUAUCGCUGACACUCUGGUGGAUGAAGCAGAUCGCACAAUCAAUGCAUAUGCUCCUACUUCUGUUAAGCGGCUUGUCAGGCGAGUCAAGGUUGUGGCGAAUAAAGUGAUAGAUAAGGCAGUGGCAGCUGCGAAUGAGGCUCGAACUGGAGGGCCGGGGGCUGCUGCACGUUAUGCUGCUGAAGAGUCGAAGAAAUGUCUGCUGAAAACCACAGCAAAGUUAUGGGUUUAUUUCAGCAAGUAUCUCGUAAUUCGAGCACUUGCCUACUUGUUGCUUCCUGGAGCUGCUUACUUUUCCAACAAGUACAACGAUUGCAUCAGGUACACGACUGGAAGGGGUUAUCCUUUUGUGGGGUAUCUACCUGCUAUCCCCCUUAAUGAGCUAACUAAGGCAGUUAAUCUGGAAUCACGCAAGUACUAUCUACGUAUACCUCCUGCUUCUAUUGAUAUACCAGAAUCGUCCCGCUCCCACUCUGACUGAGUUACUAGUUUUGUGGGUUUCCACAUUGGGAAUCUGUGUGUGGAAACAACUGAUUUGAUCUGAGACUCGGUAAUCUUUGAUGUGAGACUUAGCAUUCUUUUAUUUGAGACUGAAUUUUUCAUUUGGUAGUUCUGCGUGACAAGAAUUGUUGAGUUGUGUAUAGAGAUUGCGUUGAUGAUGUGAAUGCGUCACGAAGGCUUCGUUCUUUCGGGUCAACUUUCGUCUUUCUCGCGUGUUAGAUAGAUUGUUUCCCUGCAAUAUGUGACCAUUAGAAUUAGGCCAACUCGAUAUGAAUGCGUCCUUCCAUAGGAUAAAUUCCAAUUUCCCGGGGAAAAAUUCUCAAAAGCCAAGGCGAAGUUACAAUUAAAUGGUCAAGUUACUUGAAACAAUUUAGCAUUGACCAAAGUUUACAAAACCCACAUCCUAGCCUUUUUUGCUUUCAGUAUUGUAAUGAUCUUAUCACUGUCAAAAA